AUGAGUUUCCAUAUAGCAUUAGUAAAUAAAUCUGAAAUUUUCAUCAAUAUCUGCAAAUUGGUAUUGGAAGAAGUUAAAUUGACUUUAGAGAGAUGGGCGGCCACGCUCGAAGAAUUGGAGCAAGCACUUGCACAGAAAGGAUUGAAGGAUCCAUGGAUCAGGAAUGAGGCUUGGAGGUAUCACCCUGGAUUUGGCACCCGUUGGCAACGUGCUCGCAAAUUGUUUUUCAGAGGCCUUCCCCUCGGCUUAGCCCUUACAGUAGCCACUGUUGCUUUUGAUAAAAUGACAGGUGAAGAUAAACAUGGACAUGGCCAUGGCCAUGGUGACCAUCAC